GAUGGCGGCGCCCAGCUAGGGCUUGCUUGAGGGAACGGGCGCCAUUUAACAGCGGGGCAAGGCCAGGCCUCCCAGCAUGCAAAGCGCCGUUGUGUGACCUCGCUGACUCCAAGAUGGCGGCGCCCAGCUAGGGCUUGCUUGAGGGAGGCUGUUAGGUAGGGAAGGGCGCGGCGGAGGAGCCCGGGGCGACGAAAGACGGAGGACCGAAGCUUAGGAAGGGAGGCCGGGGAGAGGUUCGGACCAGGUCCGUGCAGAACCGAAACCAGCAUGUCGAAGCUUGCCCAAGCGGGCAAAGCAGCGCUACAGAUAACUGGCGGAGGGGUGAUCCGGUCAAUCAUCAAAGCUGGACAGGCUGUUCCAGGUCCACCACUAGGACCUGCUCUUGGACAGUAUGGUAUCCCCAUCGGACAAUUCUGCAAGGAUUUCAACGAGCGGACCAAGGACUUGAUAUCAGGCAUCCCGCUGCCCACCCUAAUCACCAUAAAGUCUGACCGGUCUUACGAACUUCAGAUAAACAAACCAACAACUACGUACUUUUUACUCUCGGCAGCCGGGAUAGAAAAAGGAGCGUCGUCGCCUGGACAUGAGAUAGCUGGGAUGGUGACUCUGAAGCACCUAUAUGAGAUUGCGCUUGUGAAAUCCCAGGACACCUCAUUUGUGAACCGCGACUGGCCGAUGGAAACAGUCAUCAGGUCCCUGAUUGGAACCGCCCGGUCGUUAGGCAUCAAAGUAGUGAAAGAGUUAAAUGCAGAAGAAUACGGAGUCUUUCUGAAGGAGCGUGAAGAGAGGUUGGCUGCUGAGGCCGAAGCCAGAGCAGCUGAACGGAUGGCAAAGAAAAAAGAGAUCAUUGCGGCUUCAAGUGCUACAGCAGCCUGAGAGGAACUGUAGCCGGUGGCUUUUCCAUGCAGAGAAUCCGAACCCACGAUGAUUUGAGACUGAGAAGCUUGAGUAAGUGACCUACUCUGUUGAAACUCAGACCUACAGAACCAGGAACUGAUGGCAGCUUUUUUUUUUUUUUGCCUAAACAUCUGGGCCACGGUUACAAAAUCUCCAGUCCUCUGUGCUUGUUUCUUUGUCGUCUCUCUCUCUUUUUUUUUUUGGUCCUAGCUUGGUAGAAAAGUAUAAAAAUAGAGUACGCUCUCCUGGGUUAUUAAAAGUAACAGGAGCGGGAGCAAUGCGGGGGCUAUUUUAUGUAACACAGUGGCAAUCCUAGGAUUGGUGGGUUUCUCUCACCAAUCUUCUCCUCUGAGUCUCUUCCUCCUUGCCUAUCAAAUGUAUUCUUCCCUCCCUCCUUGUUCCUCAACUCGACGCAUGCUCAGCCAGUCCUUUCUGCUCCAGCGCAGACACCGGAAUGCUAGAAUUUAUCAGGAGAAUAAACUUGCUCACUGAAAGAAUAA